UUUGCAACAGAUCAAUUUUGUUUUAAUCUCACAGGCUUAUACAAAGUGGGAUUUUAAUAGCCAAUAUUUUUGAUGCUUCAAUACGUUGAGUAUUUCUGUAUAAUUUUAUUGUGACGGUGAAAUUGAUUUAUUUGUAUUUACCUACACUGUUGAAGUAGAAAAAUGAAGAUAAAGGCUUUGUACCUUAUUUGGAUGACAUUUUCUGCCGUUUAUUGCAGUAAUGAUAAUUCAACUUCAAGAAAAUGGGAUACCGCAGAAAACUCAAUGCUCGCUACAGCUGAAAAUGAUACGGAUUCCAAGAAUUCGAUUCGAUGUGACACGAUUAUAUGCAAACGAGCAAACCAACUAGAAUACAUUUGGGCUAUUCAUAAUUUUAGCGUUCUCGAGAAAAUAGAAUCCGAUGGGCAUAUGAACUCGAUUGCUGUUGAUCAUUAUGUCACAUCACCGUACUUACACGCAUAUGCAACAGACAGACCUCAAUGGUACGUUGAAGUCAGUCCUAAUGGUUUUGGUAGGAUGGGAGUAGAAACAGAAAAAAUCUCUCUAAAAGUAUUCCUAUCUAAACGUUUUUAUCCUGAACCUGAAACAACAUUGGCAAAAUACGCUGUUUCGAUAAUAAACGAUAAAAAAGACGUGCUGUGGUCUAGAAAUACCACCAAAUACGAACCAGCCGGGUACGACUAUAGUCACCUAUGGUGGGAGUAUUGCAAAAAAGACGACUUUUUCCACAAUAAAUUACUUCAAAACGACACUUUAAUAUUUCUAAUUCGCAUAACAUGGAUUUACACAGGGCUUUUCGAUGAUUUUACACCCGAUUGUCCACGUGCUGCGCAUAAUACCGCAGAAAAUGUAACCAGAUGCGAUACGUACGUGAACACGCGUCCUCACAGGAUAAAAUACACUUGGGUUAUUCAUAAUUUCAGCGUUCACGAGGCAAAGGGCCAGCGAGUAAUUGAACUAUUACCGUUGAGCUCGCCAAUAAAUGAUGGUUGGAAAUGGGAACUUGCAGUUAACCCCAACGAUCGUUGCGAUAAAGAAAACCCUCAGGUCUGCCUAGAAGUACAAGUACAGGCUCCAAUAGCUGGCGGAGCGUUCGCAGAAGUUAAUGAUAAAACGGUUAAUCAAAAGAAUGAAAACCAAUCACGCUACGAAGGUUAUAAUUUCAAUAUUGAUCGUCCCAACAUCGUACGUUAUAUGCACCUUAGUCAGAAAGAUGAUUUGUUUAGGAAUCAAAUACUGUACAAAGACACACUGAUACUGCAAAUAAGCAUAAGGUGGAUUACUGGGCUUUAUCAUGUAAUAUCUGGUCAACGUGAAAUUAGUCCACCAGUUGCUAACUCGAUUGAAGGCUAGGAUAAUUUAGACAAUAACGUGGUCACGAUUUCCUCAAGGGGUAGGUAAAAUAUGUACUUAUAUUUAAGCGCGAGAAGACCGACUUUUCUUCAAAUAAAAAUCUUUUAAACACGAAUUGAUUCG